AUGGAUUUGCCCAGUCCGCGCUUGGUGAGUGUAAUGCGAUCUUGUUCACUAGUCUCCCACCCUAAUUUUGAACGCAACCUAUAGUCUUUUAAAACCGCUUUGUUUUGUUUGUCGUUACAUAUGUUUCCCCACACAGCUCUCCAACUAUUAAGUACUUCAAAAAUAGAACACUUUCUUUAUGGAUGUUCUUUUACUAUCGCAAGAACCCAAAAGUUAGACUGUGUAAAACUGCGAUUUUUAUCAGAAUGUGGGCAAAACCAUGUUGGGUUUUCUGAAACCUGUGGGAGAAGAUGAUAGUGUGGUCGAGGACUAAAGCGUUCUCGAGUAAAGUGGCGUCGACAUAAUUAGGGUUCGAGAUGUAAAGAUCUCCCUCUAACUUGCGCGGUCUCAUUGUCGUGAAAUAGUGUGGACGGAAGCGAGUCUAUCGGACGAUCAGAAAGGGUGGCUGAAAAUCGAUGCCAACGGCAAAGUAUCAUCCCUCUCCAUUGUAGCCAGCUUUUGUUUGUGCGAGUUGGUUGAUUGCCGUCGUCCCCCAUGUCUUUUAAAAGUUGUUCAGCUGACCGUGUCGAACGCCCGCCUUUAAUUUAAAACAGAGCCAUUGUCGAAGGACCAAUUCCAAGGUAAACUUCUAGUCCACAGUCUCCACCGGGACCGGAAUCGCCAUGUUUUUUUUCUUGGCCACUCGUUCCUGUCGGAGGGAAAGUAGCUUUGGGGGAUACGUACGGAUAUUUCCGCGAUGGCUUCGUCUAGACUAAUGCCGAAAUUGGAGUUACGCUACUUCAUCCUGUCUCCUUUCUUGAAUAAAGGUAGGAGAACGAAGCGUUGCUCGAUGCACGCUACUUGCCAAACGGGGCUUAGUGUGGCGAGCAUCACCAUCACGCAACAUGCGCACACUGUAAUGCGGUUUGAGCGUCUUGUACUGAACAACAACUUGACUCCAACAACCUGUUACGCUAAUUGUUUUCUUCCAGGCGGACCAUUGAAACUGCCAAUGAAUUAUUAGGUCAUGAUCACGCCAUACAUGAUUUUGCUGUUAGGCCGAACGUCUUAAUAGAAGCAAUGAGUGUGACUGUUCGUUCAUCAGUAAGUAAUGAUAUGCAGAGUCCUGGAGCCCGGACACAAUCCGACAAAACCUCGUAGGUGAUUAUUAGAGAAAGCAAUGGCCAUUGUAAAAUAUCCGUUGUUUUUUUUUCAUUAAACGCUCAGUUGCUUACUCAUAUACUUCAUGCAACUCAUCAAGACUUGCCAGACGCUUAUGUUUAUUUAAACAAAUGAGAAACUCUGCAUACUCUAGUCUUAUGACAUUUCCAAACGUUCGAACGUCCUCUUUUCUCUAACUUCUGGGUAGUACCCCGAAAGAAUAGAUCAUUACUGACACCUAUGGUCUCCUGGCUAAACUAGGCUGUCCGAGUGAUGCCGGCUGAGUAAACGUGAGUUCUGGAAAUGUCUUGACUUAUAGACUUAAAAAACAUGACAUAGGAAGUAUCAUUGAACUUUUAUCUAUUUUGGACGCGGAUGCCCUCAAGUCGUUUUGUAAGUUCCUACUUCACCCAUCGCUCUGCUGCCACAGCCAGACAGCUGUACCUCAAAUAUUUUUCAAGGUUUAUUAGACCUCAGUAAGAGAGAAGAUGGUAUUAUACGAACGUAAACUCUCGUACCGUGAGCUUCAGUUAUUAGAAAGCAGUCCUUCGUGAUGCCGAAGAGGGGCAUGGGCAUUAGGAUGAGUGGUCAUUUCGCUUGAGUGACAUACAUCCCACCUGGCUUCACGAGAGAGGUUAGCGUCUGCUCUUCCGUUUCCCAUGUUUGUAUCCCCCACCACCUUCCUUUAGCACUCUAACAAAAACCCAGACACCAUCAAACAAAAUAUGCCGGCUUUUCAGCUUUUUUAAGUAAGGUUUUCUAACAGCUCAUCUGGUAGAUGGUAGCGAAUAAAAGAGCGUGUCGAAUCCUACGCAUCUGCCUCAUAAACAUAGUCUGAAAAUAUUUCUGUUUUAAGCCAUUAUUUGUUUUUGGAGUAUGGGGAAACGAAUUCACGUAUGAAACCUGAAAUCAGUGGUCUGCACAAUCGCCAGAAAGACCCGCAAAAAACUUCUUAUGGAAACGAGCAUUUGCGCUAGAUGCUUAGGUAAAGUGCAAACCUCGACUCGGACAUUUUCCAUCCCUCCAAUUCGUCUAAGUCUGAACCCAUGCACAAAAUCAAACGGUAAUCUACUGUUCGACAUCGUACGUUAACUUAUGCAGUUCACUGCAGACAGGUGAACUGCAGAUUUUACACCACAGACACAUAUGUUGCAACUAUUGACGCCGCCUCAGAAAUAAUGGUUAGAUAAGAAUUGCUGGGUUUGAAAUUAAAUGAACUGGUCUCCAGUUACGUAGGAUGGCCUACAAGUCCAACACACCCGUUACCACAGGACUAUUUCCCGAUCCCGUAUGGGUGCCGGCAUUUAAGAGGAAUGUUAGCUCAUGUCUGCCAACUUGUGUAACAUGAGCCGUUUCACGUCAAUAUGUGCAAAGGUUUAUCGCAUAUCAUUGGAAGCCUCAGUCACGACCUAAAUCAACUCGCUUCUUAGGAUUUACAUGUAAACAUCAAAGAUGGGUUCCAUUGUAAUUUGCUUUGCCUAUCAUUAACUUCUUAGGCCUCUACGAACAGAGGCCCCACCUCUUUCGACCGUUUUCAGAACCAAGUUGUGUUAUUCUGGCAUAUUGCCUGGUCUGACGUGACUGAUUUGGUAGUUUGCGGUCGUAUUUCAUGAUAGAUUUUAUGGUUGAUCCUUCAUUUUUGUUUAAAUCUGCAGAAAUCUCAACGUCUCUUGGAAGGUCCAGUUCCUUCAAAGGCGUUCGUUCGCGCGCUGUAGCCGAAAUCGAGUUUUCUUUGAAAUAGAACUAGAAAUCUACCAUGUGGAAUCUGCUGGGGGGUCGUUAUUGUCACACGUGUACUGUCGAGUAAUUAUAAAGCCCGAAGCCACGAGAUGCCUUAUUUUUGUGUAAUUUCGCGAUGCCAGGUGCACAGCAGUUAGAUCGGGCAACCAUCGUAAACCAUCGAAAAGAUGAACGCCGGUUAUUCCUGUCAGCCACACUCCUCUGGAAGUUGUGCAUAUUGAUACAUAUUGUUGUGGACUUACAAAUGUCAAAAUUGUCAUUAUUGGCAAGCCAGAUACAUAAAGUGGUCUCAACCAACCUGACUACUCCUUUAGGUUACAGAUCGCUUCUAAGAGUGUUACCUAGAGCUGUUCUCUGAAGUCUGCCCGUUUCCCGAGGGUUUGUCAGUCCACCGACUAUUUUCCGAGAAAUGCCACCCCGAGGAUACUGAAUGUCAUUAAUUGUAACUCGGUAGUCGCGGAAUUUUUCACAAUUGCCGAGGAAAUUUUGGUGUCGAGGCCCGCCCUAGCUCCGGCCAUCUCAGAUUACGCUCGUCCUCCUCAAUUAUUGUGCACUUCUUGUUGCCGUGCUACGCGCCAUACUUCUUACCUCUCUGACUGCCAAGCUGAUUUGCCGUUUGUUCCUUUGACCUGUUUUAUUUUUUUGCGCAGGAAGAGCGGACUGUCUUAGAGUCAAUAUAUACCCCGGAAGAACUCUCCAUCAGUUCCGACUACACCUUCACUUUCCACGUUGGUUAUCCCUGUAUAUGCCUGACAAUUGUGGUUAGUUAAAUGAUCCCGGCUCAUCUGAAUCAUUUGUUGUCAACAUUACUUGGCCAAAAGGAUACCCCUUUGAGCCCCCGUCGAUUGACCUUGACGCGUUCUGCAAUCGGCACCUUCCCCAAACGCUUAAGGAAAAGAUAAUUAACGACCUCAAUGCUUUAGCCAAACUCAACACUGGGGAACCCUUAACCUUUACCCUAAUCGAACAUCUUCGUGAAAACGCCGAAAGUUACUUUCAAGAAAUAAGGGAAGCAAGAGCUGUAUCAUGUGCCAAAAUAAAUUCGGAACCAGUAAGUGAUUAUUUACUGGCUUUAGCAAAAUUCCAGACCAAAGAAAAGACCUCGAAAGGGCCAGCCCUGUCGAAAUCUCAGAAACGAAGACAACUUAAUCGCCUUGACGUAUCUGGACAACUUCCACGAGGAUGGAAUUGGGUUGACGUUGUCAAACAUCUGCGCCAGACCGGCUCACGAGAGGUGGAAAAUGCGUGA